AUGCCACCCACCCUAAACAUUUGUGCUGUCGAAAGGGGAAGAGCUCCGUCCUGCCUCCCGCGGAGGGCUCGCCUCCCGCAGAUUGCCUUCUUCGACGUUGUAAUACAGCCACCCAACCCUCUGCAUGUCGGACAACACGUCAGAGUCCACGACCUGACGGAGACCGAAGACCUGACGGGCGGAAGAGCGGAUGGACGAGGGCAAACGUGGUACACGUCUAAGCCUGCAGAUGUGGAGGGCAAGAUAAUCGGCAUCAGGGUCAUGGAGCUGGCGGUAACCGAGUUCAUCCUCCUCAACGAGGUGAAACAGUCGCUGGUCGAGCAUGCGUACCUCACCGUCCAACACGUUCAAGGCGUAACCGUCGCCCUGAGCCUCUGGCACCGAAUUACCCGCACGCUCUCCCUUCCCAUCCUCGCCCACACGCAACACGUCCCCAUCGAGCACGAUGCAGUCGUUAUUCAGGCAGUAGAGCCAGAGUAA